GGGGGCGCUGCCAUGUUGGAGGAAGCGGUGCCUUCUGUGUGGUGGAAACGCCGUGGCUUCACCGUUAGCGUCGGGGAGCGCAGCCUCCUACCUUUCCUCCUCGCUCGAGUGUCGGUGCUGAGAGGCGGCGGUCGGCGGGAUGGAGAGAAGUAAGAUGAACCUGCCCAGGGGGCCGGACUCGCUCUGCUUCGACAAGGACGAGUUCAUGAAGGAAGAUUUCGAUGUCGAUCACUUUGUGUCUGACUGUAGGAAGCGUGUCCAGCUGGAGGAACUAAGAGGAUAUCUGGAACUCUACUAUAAACUUCUUAAAAUAGCCAUGGUCGAGCUCAUCAACAAGGAUUAUGCAGAUUUUGUCAACCUUUCCACAAACUUGGUUGGCAUGAACAAAGCCCUCAAUGAACUUUCUGUGGCUUUGGGACAGUUACGAGAAGUUCUGAGUCUCAGGUCACCAGUCAGUGAAGGAAUUCGGGCAGUAGAUAAACGAAUGUGUAAACAAGAGGACAUAAGGAAGAAAAAGGUGAUUGUAGAGCAGAUUGUUGAGUCUCAUCCGGACGGCCUGAAGAUCAUGUAUGCUAAUAAGCUCCUGGAGUUCGUUCCUCACCACUGCUGCCUUCUUCGAGAGGUCACAGGAGGAGCCAUCUCAAGCCCUCAGCUGUCCCACCUGCCCAGAGCUCUGCAGCCUUCCUGAGUCGCUCGUGGCUUCUCAUCGCCCACAGAAGAGCAUCCAGUCUUCCUGGCGCAACCUGUGACCGUUGGUGCUUGAGUCCUAGUGGUUCUCCGCUGUAGAACUUUUUACUGUGGAACUUUCCCCCAUACCACUAUGGUUCCUGGCCAGACAGGAGUGCUUGACCUUCCUUAACACACCUGGUACAGAAGAUCCCUGACUUCACCUUGGUUCAGUUUAUGGUUUUUUGACUUUUUAUAAUAGUGCAGAAGUGAUAUGCAUUUAGUUUGGAUCUUUUCCCAGGCUGGCGAUCUACAGUAGUGUCCUCUUUUGUAAUGCUGGGCAGGGGCAGCAAGCACAGCCCCCAGGCAAACCACGUGAUCUCAAGGGUCAGCAACCAACACACUUGAACCGUCCUGUUCUAGUUUUCAGUGCAGUGUUCAGUAAGUUACAUGAGAUACCAGACACUUUAUUGUGAAAUAGGCUUUGUGUUAGAGAAUUUUGCCCAACUGUGCAAUACUGUAAGUGUUCUCAAGACAUUUAAGUUUGGCGGGGCUAAGCUCUGAUGUUCAGUCGCUUAGGUGUUUUCCAUGCAUUUUCAACUAAAGAGAUUUCCAGCUGAACAAUGGGUUUAUUAGAAGCCGAGGCCGUCAUAAGCCGAGGAACAUUUGUCUAUACUGUGCACCUCUGUGUUUUCCUUCAUUGCUUCCUGUCUCAUAUCCCUUUGUCUUUCUGUUGAUCUGUCACUCCACAUGAAGCUCCAGUCAAAUAUAACUUCUUUUUUUUUAAA